AUGACCCGAAGCGACGACGUCACGCCAACCCCGGCUCUGACAGGACGAUUACUAAGAGCGCUGGGGCUCCCUUCGUCUCCUCUUCUUCCUCGGCGCCAACGUCUGCAGCGGGGCCUCCACCGCCGCGGCGUUUCCACUUCCGGCUGGACUGCCACCGAGACUACCGACAACGACACCGACACCACCGACGCGAACGCGCUGGAGCUCAUCGCUUGGCCGUACUCUGCUGCGCCCGCCGCCCCCGCCACAGACCCGUCAACGCCGAGUUCAUCGACGCCGACGACAAGCGAUUGCUGUUCUCCUAGUUGCGAUUGCGAGUACGACCCCUUUGGGACAACGACCCAGCGGCGGCAUUCUCCAUCAACGCCACUCGAGAGACCACAAGGCCACAGGCGAGCUAACUCUCUCGACUCAACGACCACCACUUCUUCAAACGAUUCUUCCUCUUCAUCCUUCUCAUCGGUAUCUUCGCGCUCCCGUUGGAACCCGUUCUCUUCCACGACCGACGAAUUGACCACCAGGAGGGGGAGAAAAAAUCAAAGCAAAGACUGGGGAAAUAUGAGCGGCUUCACCAAAUUUCGCGCUGGCCUUACAGCCGCCGGCUGCGCUGCCAUCAUUUUCACAGGCGCCACCUAUGGCGCAGGCUUGAAGACACAAAAGGAAUGGAAAGAGGAACGACAAAGCUUCUGGGAGUCUCCAUACGAUGAGCAAAUUUCUCUCCUGCAGGGCCAGCGUGGCCGGUUAGUUACAGAGCGCCGGAAGUGGGAAAGAAAGCUCGAGUAUCUGGAUGAGAGGAUAAAAGAGGGGGAGGCUAAGAGGCCAGAAGGAUAA